CGCUUGCUCGUUCAUUGUGACUUAUCUGCCUCCAUCUCUUCCGAUGCUUAUUUUCACUUUCGGAAUACGGAUCGACAAAAGAUCUGUUGAUUUUCAAUGGCAGACGGUCUGCCUUCAGGAUUAUUGGAAGCAUGUCUUGUUAUUGGAGCUUCAUCUGAUAAGUUGAAUAAGCUGUCUCAGUCUUUGCCACAGCUGAAUGGAAGUCCUCUUCCUCUUCUCGAUCCUGUGGUCCUUCAGGUCCACACACCUCUGUUUUGCUUAAAACAGAGUGUAGCUGAACCAGCUGUGGAAACCUUAAGUCCGACUCAGCAAUGGUGCUCUCCCAUUCAGAAAAACAAUGAUAAGCCCAUUUUUAACACUCUAAACCCCAAGGAGGAAACCACAGAGAAUGCCAGCAAUCUCAAAGACUUGGAUCUGGUGGCUUUACCACAACUGUGCUUUCCAGGAGGACUUCAGGUAACUAGGAAGCAAACGGAUGAACAGUUCCACUUCUUGGUCUUCACUGAUGUGCUUGGAAACCAGUCUCAUGGAGUAGUUCUCCAGUUCUACAGAGCAACGCAGGAUGGGAAGUUGCACCAAAAUGGACACCAGACCUCACACAAGCCUCCACGACUCUAUGCUCCUUAUGCAGUGUGUGUUAUAUCAAAACAUCCAUAUUACAGCGCUCUCAAGGACUGUCUAUCCAGCCUCUUAUGUGAGCUCAAAAUCUGCCAGAUGACUGAGAUGGAGGAGCGAGUGAAGGAGUUUUGUGCUAAACUAACUGUGGUCCCAGUUCCCCCUCCCGGUCAGCUGCAUGUGAUGUUCAUCAUGCAACCUCUGAUGAUUGUCCUUCCAUCAAGAGAGGAUCAACAUCAUCCUGUGGUUGACCUGGAUCUUCAUCUUCCGUUCCUCUGCUUCAAGCCCAGAGAAGUUCUGCAGGUCAUAGCCUGUAUUCUGACUGAGCAGCGUAUGGUGUUCUUCUCUUCGGACUGGGCCAAACUGACUCUAAUUGCAGAGUGUUUUAUGCUGUAUAUUUGGCCUCUGCGCUGGCAGCACCCACUGGUGCCCAUACUGUCCCAACAGAUGAUGGAUUUCGUUAUGGCACCAACUGCCUUCCUUAUGGGAUGCCACAUCAGCCACUAUGAGGAGGUUGCUAAGGAAAAUGAUGAUCUGAUUUUGAUCAAUAUUGACGAGGGAACAGUAUCCUGCUCCAGCAUUCUUGACUUUGACAUCCCAUAUAUCCCAUAUACAGCUGCUCAGUGUUUCAAAAGUCGAAGGAAAGGUCUUCGAUUGCAUUAUGACCUAAAUCUGGUUAAUCAGAGCAUCUGUGGAGAUCUUAAUGAGCUGCGGAAUCAGAGAAGAUGCUGGCAACAGAGACUCAAUAAGGAAAUACAAAACAUCAGCCUGGAGCUCCUCUUUAACAUGUUUCGAGAUGUCAGCGAUUACCUUAAUUUCGAACACAGAGUUUUCAAUACUGAUGAGUUCCUCAAGACCAGAGACCCAGAGGACCAGCCGUUUUAUAAAAAAGUCUUGGAAACACCUAUUUUUCACUCCUUCUUAAAAGAACGUUUGAAUAGAAAAAUGGAUAUGUUUGCCCAAAUGGAGCUUAGUACCCUGACAGAAGAACAAAAAUACAGAAAUUCGGUGGAUUCCUCUCGCAGACCCACUAUACAAGAAAUGAGACGGAGUUCGUCUAAGAAUGGCCAUCGCACAAACUUCUUUAACCAAGACGAUAAACAGGUGUCUCCAACGACCACUCCUGAAAUGCCUCUGAAUACUCCAACCAGGCCAGUCAAGAUCUUCCAGCUUCCUUUUUUCCCUCGUCCCUUAAACCACCUCAACAUUCACCAUUACAUUGAAGAUCUGAUUCUCAAGCUCAACAAAGCCAUAUCAGCCGUCUCGCCUGAUGAUUCCUCCCUGCUAGCCAGAUAUUUCUACCUGCGCGGCCUUAUCAACAUGCAAAACUCAAAGCGCUUGCACGCUCUCACUGACUUCCAGAACCUCUACAAAACAGACAUUGGGGUUUUCCCCAGAGAGCUGGUGAAGAUGCUGGUUCAUUCUCUGCAGAAAGAAGAGAGAGUCCAGGCCGAGGAGAGAUGUGAGCUCAGACGCCUUAUUUGUCAGGUGAAGAGCAAAGAGAAAGGAGAGCAGAUGGAGUACGACUAUCACGUGAAGAAGUUCCAGCUUCCCAAAGCCCCCAUGCAGCUGGAGGAGUUUGUGAAGUGCAUUCAGGAGUCUGGCAUUGUGCGAGAUGUGGCCACCAUUCAGAGACUGUUUGAAGCUCUUAAUGCUGGUGGUCAGAAGCAGAUUGUUCCAGAGCUAUUCAGGAUGUUUUACAAAUUCUGGAAGGAGACUGAAGCAGAAGCCCAAGACGUUCUUCUGCCCGCUGAGGUCCUGGAACGCCUGGACAAUAAUGAGUGUGUCUACAAGCUUUCCAGGUCUGUGAAGACCAGUUAUGGUGUUGGGAAAAUUGCAAUGACUCAAAAAAGGAUUUUUCUGCUGACCACAGGCACUCCUGGAUAUGUGGACAUCACAAAGUUUAGGGACAUUGAGGAAGUGAAGAUCUCUGCCCCUGUACGAAUUUUGAGGAAUUCAUCAUUAAAGAUCAAGAACAGCCUGAGGGACGAGAUAUUCGAGGCUAAUUUAAAAUCUGAGUGUGAACUGUGGAAUCUCAUGGUCAAGGAGAUGUGGGCUGGCAGAAUGAUGGCAGACAACAAUAAGGAUCCCCAGUAUGUGCAGCAGGCUUUGACCAACGUCCUGCUUAUGGAUGCUGUGGUGGGCUGUUUGCAGACACAGAAGAGUGUCUGCGCUGCCUCCAAACUGGCCUAUCAUGAAAAGCUACGACAAGAAGUCCCCGUGAUCAUCCCCAGAGACACAGCAUGGACACUGAAACACAAGAUCAAUCCAUCCCAGAACAUGAUGAAUCCUCAGUCUGUCGAUGUCUUGUUCUACUCUCCAGGCCAGCUAACGUUCCCUGACAGUGAUGUGGAUGUGAACCCAAAGCUGUGGUGUGGUCUCGGCUGUGGAAAAGUAGUUGUGUUCGAUGCUGCCAGUUGGUCGCUAAAGCAAAACUGCAUUCAUUUAGGAGAUUCUCGACUGAACUGCAUGAUGGGACUGGACCAGGAUCAGGUGUGGAUUGGCUCGGAGGACUCUGUGAUUUAUAUAAUCAACACUCGCAGUAUGCUGUGUCAUAAACAGCUGACGGAGCACAGAGGAGAGCUAACAGACUUCACCCUGGAGAAACUAAGCCCUGAGAGCAGAUCAAGCCGAGCGCAGGUGUACUCCUGUAGUGCAGAUGGCACUGUGAUUGUUUGGGAUGUCCCAUCUCUUAAAGUGAGGAGGCAGUUUCAUCUGUCCUGUGACAGACUGCAGUCCAUUCAGGUUCACAAUGGAGCCUUAUGGUGUGGUGCCAGGGACUGUAUAAUGAAGCUGAAGCCUAAUGGAGAUCAGCUUUGGAAAAUUUGUCUCCCAGACAAAAUGAAAGCUACAGCCAAUUUCUUCAACCGAGUCACACUGUUUCCAGAGAGACAACAGAUCUGGACGAGUUUCACAGACUCCACAGAGCUCUGCAUAUGGGACUUUAAUGACCCUGUCAAACCACCCAAACGCCUCACACUUCCAAACUGCAAAGGAGUCACCUGUAUGAUCAAAGUGAAGAAGCAGGUCUGGGUUGGUUGUGGUGGUGGUUCAGGCCUCAGUAAAGUUGUGGGGAAGAUCUUGGUGUUGGACUCUGAGAGUUUGGAGGUGGAGAAGGAGCUGGAGGCUCAUGAAGACAGUGUUCAAGUGCUCUUCUCAGUUGAGGACCGAUACGUCCUCAGUGGCUCGGCGAAACUUGAAGGCAGAAUCGCCAUCUGGAGAGUUGAUUAAACAGACAAACAGACUUAAAGUCAAGUCUUUGAGGUCUCAGCUUCACAAAUGCAGGUGCGUCAGGAUUUGCAGUAAUAAAGUAGUUUCUCAGGUCUCUAUUUAGGGCAAGGAUAUUUCAGUAGACCCUUAAUUUAACUCUAUUAUUUGUUUCUCAGAAAAUGAAAUUAAAAGAGGGGUUUAUUUUGUAAAUAUUUAAUGCAAAAUGCACAGCCUUAUAUUAAAAUGUUGUUGUUAUAUUAUAUUAAUGUUAUAUUAAUAUGUUUUAUACAUUCUGUAGCUGAAUUAAAGGAAUAGUUCACUCAAAUGUAAAAACAAAUGACUUUCUAUCCACAAGUGCUUCUAAUCCUUCGGGAGUUUAUUUCUUCUGGUGAACACAAAAGAAGAUAUUUCGAAAAAUGUAGCCAUUGACCACCAUAGUAUUUGUUUUUCCUACUAGGAUUGUCAAUGGUUACCGGUUUCCAACAUUUUUCAAAAUAUCUUCUUUUGUGUUCAACAGAAGAAGUAUAGGUUGUAAAUAAUGAUUCAUAUUAGUUAAGGGAGUGAACCUAAUACUACAAGGCUGUUUGUUACAGGAAAAACACAACUGCUAUGUUCUUGAAGUACAUAUUCCACUUUGGGAAUAUGAUUGCUUAGAUCUCAUUUAUUUCUUUGGAAGUAUAUGUCUGUAUAGUCUUAAGUAUAAAACAUAAAUAACAGUUUAUUAUAUAAUUCUGAAUGAAUAUAAUAUAUUUCAGUCCUUUGGAAUAUAUUUUUAAACCGAAAGGAGUUGCCUUGUACACAAUUUCCUGAAAAGCAGUGGAUCAAAGGGAAGUGAGGUCCAAACUGCAGCUCUGCCUGAGGAUGGACUGCAGCCAUAAUGAAGAGAUUGUGUAACACUCUGUCAGUCCUUGCUCUGUUUUUGGAGUGGCUCGUAUCAUUGUGUGAAAUCUUCUUUAAUAGAAAAUACUGUCUGGGUUUUUAUAUCGUCUCUGUGUUUAUUUCAUAUGUUUUGAGGGAAACUUUCUUGCUGAAUUUAUUGGCAGAAACAUCUUGGAUGUAUUUGGCCCCAAAAUAAAGUGUGAACAUGUAUACAGAGUUUAGCAUAUAUAAGUCAAUCCCUCACAAAUCUAUCUUUUAAAUUCAUAUUUUAGUAGGAAGCUAUACGGUAUUAUAUUUGUGCAUAUACAUUAGAUUAGUCAGUACUGAAGCCAAAUCUGGAGUGUAUCUAACAAAACAACUUACGAGAACGGUGCAAAAACUAGCACACCCAAAUUUAUAUGUUAAAAUAUAGGACAAAUCAAGAAAAGCAAAACCAAUGUAAAUUUUUAGUUGAAAUUUUGUAGGUUGCAAUAUUUUUUAAUAUUUUGCUUGAUUUUAAUUGUAUUAUCUUUCAAUUUGUAAAUAUGUUUGGCGACUAAAAUAUUAUUUUAAUAAAUAUAUCUGUUUAAUAAACCUGUUUUGUUCAAAUGCACCAAAAUACAUUGCCUAUAUUCACUGAGAAAUGGAUAAAAAUAUUCAUUUUCAAAAUGGGCUGUACUCAAUUAUGCUGAGCACUGGAUGUAUAUUACUGUAAAGUGAAAAGAUCAUUCACAAUACAUGCAUAAAUCUAGUAUCUGGGCUUUUUGUUAUUGUAUGGAUCUACAGUGCUCAGCAUAAGUGAGUAUACCACCUUUUGAUAAUUAACGUUUUUAUCCAUUUGUCAAUGAAUAUAACCAAUAAUUUGUAGUGUAUUUAAACAAAAAAUUUUUAUUAAACAGUUAUAUCCAUUAAAACAAGAGUUUGGUCAUCUAACAUCUUUAGCAAUAGAAUGAAAUACAUUUAAACUUAAACAAACAAAUUCAACAAAGCUUUAUAUUUUGUCAUGUUUCACUUAUUUUUUUCCUUUAUUGAAAUUUUAAUAGAUUUUUUCCACAACAUGUUGAUUUGAGUUUACUAAUUUAUAUUGUUUUUAGAUCAGUUUCAGAUUUGGCUUUGGUACUGACUAAUCUAAUGUACAGUAUAUGCACAAAUAUAUUAAGGUAAAACACGCUAUAGGAAAUAUAAGAUAUGUGAGGGGCAUUCUCAUUUAUACUGAGCACUUUAUAUUUAUUUCAUAUUAGAUAUGUUUGUGCGGGAUCUCAUGUAGAAAUGUCUGGGUCAUACUUUGAAAUUAUUUAAAACAUAAAUAAGAAUAAAGCACUUUUUCACAUUUGUUUGCAU